AUGGCUUCUUUACCGCCCCUCGCACCCUUCCCCCAGUCAUCAUGGCGGCAGCAUCUCUCUUCUAGCGAGUGGAAUUCGCUUCUUCAAGCCUGGACCUCAAUCUGCCGUGCCUUGGUCGCACUCCCUGAAAAGGACCUCAAGACAUCUUUAUCUCGCGACGACUCCAUCGCAACGUUUCUCUCUUCUUUUACAGAAGAGAUAGCAGAGGCAGGCUUCACAAUCCUAGAAUCUCACUCAACGACACUGCCUAAAGCUGUCUUCCAACUUACUUCACGGGUUUACUCUGUGUCUCCGCCUACGCAACUCUUCGACUAUGAGUUCUUGGCAAAUCUUGCGAGGAUAUUCCCCCGGAAAGCCACAACGCCUCUUAUUGCACAACUCUUUCAACAGCGUACUGCCCCAACAGAGGCGAGUCUUACAGGGCUAAAGAAACAACUUAUCCCUCAGCUGGAGGCUGGAAUCAAGGGAGAUUUGAAGAUAGUCGAGGCUCGUCUUAUACGACUAAACCAUCUUCUGCAUGCUUCACCAGAUGCCUGCACCUUAUUCCUUGCUGGAUCUGAUUUCCUUGACGCCCUUAUUGUGUGUUUUCGCGUCAUGAACCCGCCUCUGCGGAAGGUUAUACUCACAACCGCCUAUUUGUGUCUUAUCGGCCUUAUAGAUGUCGAACCGGCCAAGUGGUCUAUGCUGAGCGACCAGCUCUACGCCCUCAAGGAAGCGGCCGAUGCCCAUAAGGCUGGGCCUCUCAAUGUCAACGACUCUCUUGUCCCUGAACUUAUCACCAAUACUCCUCUACUCAAGAUCCUACUGAGAAGGGCGGAAGACUCUGGAGCAGCGACGGACAACUUCAAGAAGCGAAUCACAGCACUUGAGACCUACAGAAAGGGCGCCAUGAUUCGCCCCAAAAGACUGGUGCGACGAAAAGUGGACAAGGGGAAAGGAAAGGAGACGCAGCAGGAAGCCGAUGCUGACAUUCACGUCCACCGGAUGAGUCUGAUCACGCAGGUGCAGGAUAUAUUUCCUCACCUCGGAUCUAAUUUUGUAUCCAAAUGCCUUGAUGAAUAUGGAGACGACGUGGAAAAAAUCAUAAUGACCUUGCUAACUCAGCCUUUACCGCCUCACUUGGCCAACGCUGAUCGCAGCGCAGCCUUGCCAUCACAUUCAGAAACCGGACACACAGAUCUUGCACCACGACCUACCCCUCCUCAGGUUCCUACACGACAUAAUGUGUUUGACGAUGAUGAUUUCGACCGACUUGCAAUGGAUGUAUCCAAGGUUUCCUUUGGGAAGAAGCCCGGCAAAAGCGCCGAUGAAAUGCUCAAGGACAAGGAAAACGCACCGAACAAAUCGGCCAUUCUCUCUGCCCUGGCGGCAUUCGAUUCUGAUGAUGACGAACGUGACGAUACUUACGACGCUGAUGAUGUGGGCGGUACCGUUGAUGCGUCCAACCAGGAAGCUGAUGCGGCGAGCGACAAUAACGAAGAAGCACUAUUCCGUGCCUACCAGAUGGACUCUAAGCUGUUCGAUCGAGAUGCCGCGACAAGACGUGGCGGUCCACGAGCCAAGCUUAGACAGGAGACUGGCAUGACUGAUGAAGCAAUCGAGGGAUGGGCUCUCAUACUUGUGAGAAACCCGCAGCAGAAACGACGACUGGAAGCAAAGUAUGCCUUCAGUGGACAGCAAGCACAAAUAGACCGCACGUCUUGGCGAGCAUCCCCAGCUGGAUCUGGAGAAGAAGGCAGUGAUCCUGAUGGUGGGUCAUCCAGAGGUGGUAGAGGUGGUGGCCGGGGCCGUGGCCGAGGGCGUGGUCGCGGUAGAGGAGGCAACGUCGCAGGACCUACUGGUGAGAAGGAAACGGAAUCGGCAAGGAAGAACAAAGAGGCGAAUAAGGGAUCUCGGGCAAAUCACAACCGCCGCGAUGCUCGAGCUAAGAAGAUGGCGAGAGGGGGCUUCGCGGGAUAG